AUGCAAUUACCGCAAUUAUCCGACUCGCUUACUAUUGAUACAGAUGUUCAUUUGGCUAAGUCAAUCUCCCCACGAUACGAUAUGAUUAUUGGCCGAGAUCUUAUGAGGGAGCUGGAUAUCAAGUUGGAUUUCGAACACAACAUGAUCGAAUACCAGAACUUGUCUAUUUCCAUGACUGAAAUAAACAAAUUGGAUGCUCUGAACGACCUUCAAUUUAUCACCGGUAUUAAGGAGCCGCUAAGCACAGCAGAAGCCGUUGAGCGUGUGAGCAAGAUUUUAGACGCAAAAUAUGCUCCAGUAACUCCAGAUCAAAUACUUAACAAUAGUUCACAUCUCUCAGAUGACCAGAAACGAACUCUCAAACCUAUUCUAGAAAAGUAUGUUAAGCUGUUUGAUGGAACACUUGGCAAAUGGAAAGGCGUACAGCACAAGCUUGAAUUAAAAGAUCCAAAUUCACCGCCUUUUAGGUGUCGACCAUAUCCAGUUCCAGUGAAAAAUAAGCAGACGCUCAUGCUGGAAAUAAUAAGAAUAACGGAGACAUUAAUCGGUGAGAUGCUACUCUAUGGGCAUUUGAUUGCCGCUAAACUUUUGGCUGUAAAGGUCAAGUACUGUGAUGCGGUGAGUCAACGACAAGUUUGA